AUCAGGAACAAGAGGCUCCUAGAAAACUCCAGCUCGUCCUCGCCAGCUCUUCUAUGAGCACACCCUGGGCCUGGGCCCUGAGAUCUCUCGAUGCAGGAGCAGCCACGAACUCCCGAGGCGGCGGCUACGCCGGCCACGCGAGCCACACCACCCGCGCCACCACCCCCGGCUCCACCACCCAACCAACUGCCUCAGGUCCCUACUCUGCCAGUUUUUGUGGACCAUGCAAAACAGCCAAGCAAGGAACUCAUUAAACCCAAAGCCAUUUUUGGGCGCCCAGUAGAGAGACCCACAGAGGCUGUUGCGGCUGAUGCUGCUGGUGGCGCUGCUGCUGAGGAAUGCCCGGGACCAGGUGCCAGGGGAACUGGAGUGAAAAACCAUCGCUGUCAGCGGAUCCGAGCCAGCCGAGACGCAGGCUCACGGUUUGCCAUGGAGGGCUCGGAUGAUAAACUGAUCCUGAAUGUGGGGGGCAUGCGUCACGAGACCUACAUCAGCACCGUGCGGGCCUUUCCAGGCACCCGCCUCUACAAGCUGACCGAGCCACCACCACCUGGCACUCCAGCUGCUCAGGGUCCACCGGUCCGGGAGUUUUUCUUUGACCGAAAUCCUGAGCUCUUUGGCUAUGUGCUGGGCUACUACCGAACUCGGCAGCUGCACUGCCCUGCUGACGUCUGUCGGGAUGUCCUAGAGGAGGAGUUGGCUUAUUGGGGCCUGGCGGAAGCGCCACUGGCACCUUGCUGCUGGCUCAAGCUAAGUGGCAGGGAGAUCCGUACGCAGGAUUUCCUCUCCUGGGAGGCCUGUGAGAAUGCCCACGUGGAUGAGCGUCUUCUGCAGAACCCCAUUGAAGGCCAGGGACUGCGGAAUUCGUGGAAACCAUGGCUUUGGGUGCUUCUCGAUCAACCCCGGUCUUCCCUAGGGGCCAAGUGCCUUUCCCUGAUCUCUACACUCUUUGCUGUAUGUGCCCUGGUCAUCUUCUUCCAAGAGACAGAGGUCCACCUGGAUUACUUCUCAGCCAACUUCACUCCUAUGGGACAUGGGGUCAGCGCUAGGGGCAACCAGCAGCAGCUGCAGAAGCACCUGCCACCGCCUCAACAGCAGCAGCAGGACCAUGGUCUAGUUUUCCACCGUGCGCCCCACCUGCUCUAUCUGGAAUUGCUCUGUGCCCUUUGGUUUGGAACUGAGCUCUUUGCUCGGGCCAUUUCCUGCCCUGAUAAGGUGCGCUUCCUCUGCAGCCCUCUUAACCUGGCUGACAUUUUCUGUUUGUUCCCUGUGCUAGUGGAACUGGUGUUGGGUGACAAGGCUGAAAAGCAGCCCCGCCUAAGCCUAACCCUCGGGGCCAUUCGCUCUCUCUAUGUCCUCAAGUUGGUUCGCCUCCUGGGAUUCCUGGAAAAGUCCCUAGCCCUAAGAGUUCUGGUUCACACUCUGCAUUCAUCCUGGAAAGAGGUGUGUGCCUUUCUCCUGAUUUGGGUGGCUGAAAUCUUAUUUUUUGGCUCACUCCUCCUCUAUGGAGAGCUCUUAGGCAUGUCCACCCCAGGUCAGGGGGAGCCCCAUUUUGGAGACAUCUUUACAUGUCUGUGGUGGACUGUCAUAACACUCACCACCGUUGGCUAUGGUGACAUCUAUCCCCUCUCGGCUCUGGGUCAGCUGACUGCUGCAGUCACAGCCACGGUGGGCAUGUGCACUGGUGUCUUGCUGGUGCCCGUGCUCCUGGUCCGCUUCCAGCGCUAUUAUGCAGUAGCCCUGGCUCACCAGAAACUGAGACCCAGAAGAAACCAUUGGGCACACUGAUCAAAAGAGGUGGACCUCAUCCUUCCUUUCUUCCUCUUGCCAAUUUUUAGUUACAGAUAAAGAUUUUUGGCUUUGCACUUGGCAAAGAACCCUUCAGGAAUAGCCCCAGAUUCUUGGUAACUCAGGAUCAGUUAACCAAGGCCUAUAGAUCAGGUUCCUCCUCAUUAUUUAGGGAGGAAAGGGAUUAGGAGCAAGUCUAAGCCUCAUCUUCCCCCUGCCUUACUCUCGGGCCUUCUCUUAAUUUCAGAAUGACCAGGAAGAAUAAAGUGUCAUUCCUCCUGGAUUGGUGCUAUUAUCCCCUUCUCAACUAACUUCCCUUCCUCCCCCUUAUCCUUGAAUAAAACCCCUUACCCCAACCAAACCCCAGUCUAGAUAGGGGACUUUCGAGUGGUGGUAGCUAUAGGUUGUCAACAUCAGUUGCCUAUGGAUAUAAAUGGUGAUUGGCUGUGAGCAUUGAUAGCAAUUUUUCUGUGAUUAUUUGACAGCAACUGGUUAUGGCUAUUGAUGACGAUUGGUACCUUCAGUACCCAGACAGAGCCAGAUUGUAGCAUUGCUCUCUGUACUGCUUCUUAGAGCCACAAGGAGGCUUUUGAAGAUUCUCAGAGACUUCAACCAGAUGCAGAUCAGCCAGAUCUGAACCUGAAGUACUCUAACUCCAUGACCUCUUCAUGCCAUUUUAUUCUUGUCCAAUCCUCCUCAUCUUUUUUUUUAUUAUGAUUAUUUUCGUAGUAUUUCAGUUAUAGUAUUAGCCAUUAUUAAUCGCAAUACAGUAGUCAAUAUUAACCACAUUAUCUCAGCCACAGUAACAGUAUAUAGUCACUCAUAGACAUGAAAUGUUAUUGUUGCACAUUGCAUGGACAGGAACGAGGAAACUGGGAUCAUUAGCAAGAGUAGGUAGGCAAUUUCCUCUUCCAGUUUUUAAAAAAUGUAUUUCUUGAUUUUACUCAUUUACAAUUCUUUUUUUUUUUUUCUGAACACUUUUCAGUACCCACAACGGGUCUACCUCCAAUCCUCGCUGCUAUUGAACAUACUCAAAUUCUCUCCUCUCUCUCCCCCCUCUCCUCUUUUUCUUCUUCUUCUAACUACCUGCAUGCUCUUCCCUCCCAGCUUUACUUGUGGUGCCCCCCCACUGUGCACCUCUCUUGGAAACUUCCAGGAGGGAGAAAUGGGACCUCCUCGGGUCUGACUUCAAAUCAAGCCACUGGUUUGUCUGAGGAAGUACACCAGGCCCCUGGGCUCUGCUGGGAGGUUGAAGUGAAGCCUCACUAUUGCAGAAGCUGUGAGCAUGAAUUCUGUUUACAAAACAUUUAAAUAAAAUAUCCUUUGAAAUUUU